AAAAGCUUGAAUGUUCCCUGAUCUAUGUCUGCAUCUGUGUUACCUACAUAACAAAACGAUGUUGUCUCGAAAUCUUUUAAUGUUUUCAGCAAUGAUGUUCUUGGCUACCAGUGUUUCAGCUGCUCCAGUUGAAGAGAAGGAGGUGGAAGAAGCUGAGGUUGAACCAGAGGAAGGUGAAGAGGAGCUCUCUGAGGAAGAAGAUGAUGAUGACUCCAAGAGUCAGGAUUUGAAUAUGGGAGCUGGGGCACAGCUUUCUUCCACAGCGUCAAAAGAUCAGGGCACACUGGGUCAGCUUGAAGCUUCAUUUGAAGGCGAUCCGUUUAAUGGCCAGAAACUAAAUGGUGCUAAACCGACAGACGGAGGUGGUCAUGACCGUGGCACCGGGGGAGAUCCACAGGCCCCGCCCCCUGACAGCAGCCUUCAUGAGCCCAGUCUGUCAGCACAUGCGGCUUCCAGUGGCCAUACAAGUGUCGCAGGUGCAAGUGGAGGGGUGCCAGCUCAUGGCAGUGCAGCCAUACAGCCAGGGCAUCCAGAUCAAGCAGUUCUUCCAGCUCAGCCUGAAAUGUUCUUAAAUGGUGAUGCAUCUACCUUCAGUUUCAGCUCUCAAGUGGACUCUCCAGGUUCUGUGAAGAAUGGCCAAGAAGUGCCCGAGACAGAGUCUAAUGGGAAUGGACACAAACUGCUUCUCGGGGGAUCGCUGUCUGGAGCUACAGACCAGCAUGGUGUUGAUCAAAGUGUGUCUUCAGCAGCUGAUGGUGUGACUCCAAGAGGACUUGCUGGUGGCAGCUCUCAUCCAGAUGCUUCAGGACUUGCUGGAGAUCCAGGAAUCUCACAAACACUUUCAACAGGUGCUGGAGAUCCCAGUCAUGUGUCCUACUCCACUGACCACAUGGGCACUGGAGAUCGUACUGCCGAGUCUAGUUUUCAGAGCGUCACAACCGAUGCAGCUGUUGUGUCUGCCAUGAUGUCACAGACUGAGCAUUUUUCUGUGGACCACAUGGGUAACGGUCAUCAGAAACCAGGGCUCGAGACACACCAUCGGGGUACCUCCUCUGCUGUCUUAAUUCCGGUUUACCUUCUUGAACAAAAAAACUAACCAUGAAAAUUUGUUCAUUUAAAUGUGUAUAUCCUUUACAGGGGACCAAUUUGAUAUCCACCAUGGACUUUUAAGUAAGUGAAGUUACUGCAUUUAUAAAGAAGGAGACAUCUGUAAGUAGUGCUAAUCUAAUGUGAAACCAGAGUAGAUUCCACAAAGCCUAGCUGAUUAAAUUAACCUUUCAUUCUAUAAAUUAUACAUGUAAAAUAUGCUAUUAUUUUAGUCUGUUCGCAGUACUUUGAACAUGUGUUCAAAAUUAUUUCUGAUAUUUCAGGUGCGUAUGGACAGUUUUGGGCAGUAUUUAUGAUUUUCUAGAUGUUUUUUCUGCCUACGCAUUACACAAGCAGUAAAAGUUAUCCGAAGCAGAGACUAUACACCGGGUGACAUCCCAAAACAGAGCAAUAAAUUUGAUUUUUGAUUUAAUAUGGAACACAGCGAGUGGAAAUGUCAAGCUUCAGACACUUCGUAGCUGAGUCUUUAUGUGGAAAAAGGCAGCAUGGAAGUUCCAGUGGGCCAUUCCAGGGCAUAUGAAACACUACAAGGUGGUUGCUCGCGAGGACACAUAUCGAGAUUGCAGUUUGAAAGCGUGGCCAAAGAGAAAUCUCUGUGCAGCCAUCGCUUUUUAGACAAGGGAAAAGAGAAGUCGAGAAGAAUUCCAAAAUACAAUUCAUCACUCAUUUCUUCCACCUCACAGGCGAUGCUCACGGCGUCUCUCAGCAUGGCUCAGCAGGUGCGUAGAUACGUUUCUGCACAACGCACUCAACGACUUGCCUCUUACACCAGUCUUGGGACUGAACCGUUUAUACUUUACGGUGUUAUUACAGCGGUUCACAGCAAGAAACCUCUGGCUGAAUUUAUGCGCUUUCACCGUUUAAUUGAACGGAACCACAUGUGGACACUGUUGAGAACCCAGUGUUCUACGAUGCUGGAUCGCUGCUUUUCUGUUAGUGCAAAUAGGCGCGGCGGAUCGGCACGUUAGCCCUCAGGCAGACGCAAUCGGUAAGUCAGCUGUCAGAUCGCUCACGUUAAAAGCGGCAGAGUACUUGGCUUGAGCGAGAGAAGUUCAUCGGGCGUUUCGGACGCUUUAAUUUGCAAAAAAAAAAAAAAAAAA